AUGAUAAUGGAUACUCCUAUAGUAAAACUCUCCGACGAGGAUCUUGAAACUGUUUACGAACCGGCAGAGGAUUCUUUCCUCUUAAUAGACGCUUUGGAGAGCGAUUUGGAGUGUUUGAAAGUUAUCAAACCAGUUGUCUGUUUAGAAAUUGGUAGCGGAUCUGGUAUAGUCAUAACUGCAUUGGCAAUGGCAUUGAAUAAGUAUAGUCAAAGUUAUUACUUGGCAAUUGAUAUUAAUCCCAAUGCGUGUAAAAGUACAAAGAGAACCGGUAACAUUAAUUUGAUUGAUAUAAAUGUUAUACAAAUGGAUUUAUUAAAUAAUAUACGUAACGAGCAAACGUUCGAUAUUAUUGUAUUCAAUCCGCCGUAUGUGUUAACGGAGAGCAAAGAAGUUACAGAGAAAAGAUUAGUUUUUAAAACAUGGGCCGGUGGAAAUCAUGGGAGAGAAGUUAUGGAACGAGUAUUUCCGCACAUUCCUAAAUUAUUAUCGAAUAUUGGAAUGUUUUAUCUCGUUGUUAUUAAAGAAAAUGAUCCGAAUUAUAUCCUAGAAAUGUUAAAACGUUUCGAUAUGGUAGGAACUGUUGUAAAAGAAAGGAAAGUUAGAGGAGAACAUUUGUAUGUGAUGCGUUUUACCAAAAAUACAUCUACUCGUUGAAUUGACAUUAAUCGAUAUAAUAUAUAAAUGAGAUAUAAAAUCGGA